AUGACGCUACCGUCGGCGGCCGCCGUUUACUGGGCCUUCGGCGACCAGCUUCUGACCCACUCCAAUGCGUUCUCGCUGCUGCCCAAGUCAGGGUGGAGGGACGCGGCGGUGAUUCUCAUGUUGAUCCACCAGUUCAUCACCUUCGGCUUCGCCUGCACCCCGCUCUACUUCGUAUGGGAGAAGGUGAUCGGAAUGCACGACACCGAGAGCAUCUGUAUGCGCUCCCUCGCCCGGCUUCCGGUCGUCAUCCCCAUCUGGUUCCUGGCCAUUAUAUUCCCAUUCUUUGGGCCCAUAAACUCCGCGGUGGGGGCUCUCCUCGUUAGCUUCACCGUCUAUAUCAUCCCCGCCAUGGCACACAUGCUCACCUAUCGCACCCCAUCGGCACGGCAGAACGCUGUGGAGAAGCUGCCAUUCUUUCUACCCAGCUGGACGGCGAUGUACGUGGUGAACGCCUUCGUGGUGGGGUGGGUGAUGGUGGCGGGCUUCGGUCUCGGCGGCUGGGCCAGCGUGAUCAACUUCGUCAAGCAGGUCGACACCUUCGGUCUCUUCGCCAAGUGCUACCAGUGCCACAAACCGCAUCCUCAUCCUCCCGCUGCCUCUGUCCCGCCACCGCAGCUCCACUGA